AAGUCCACCGCUCGCGGUACCAUCCAGUGUCAGUUCGCCGUUCUCUCGUGUCCUGUUCGUGUUGUUGACGCCAUCGAUGUGCCCGGGAGACUGUAGCGUUGUUUUCGUUUUCGACACUGUCGGUUUUACGCGGCCAACUCGCGAUUAACGCGAACGAACGGUUUUUGUGACUGUGAUCGACACGACUUUUCUCAUCCGAAAAUUACGUUUACUGUUGAUUUAAUCGUUUUCCUUUGAUGAUUUCAUCGCCUAUUACCGUCUACUACCGUCACCGUGAUCGUCGUUGUUGAUAUUUAUAGAAUCUGGUUCGACGCGAGUACAAUACAAUAUCCGUACUUAACUGGACAGUGUUAAUAACUUGCGUGUUACCGUCGAACGUUCAAAUGUGGAUUAAUAUAUUUACCGGAAACCUGAGAGACACUGAAAAAUGAAUGAUGCAUUCAGAAGCUUUGGUGUGGUUGACGACGGGAAUCGGCGGCCCCUUGUCGGUGGUAUGGUUGUGUUGGGCGAUACUGGUGUUGUGGUUCGGCCGUGGCCAGUGGCGGCCGUCGGACCCAUUGCUCAUAGCGCUGUUGGCUGAGGCGAUCGCCAAACAGGCGGCCGGCACCGCGGGCUCGGCGCUGUCGCUGUUCCGGCCGGACGAACCGGCGAUGUGCAGCGCGGUGCAGUGGCUGUGGACGGCCGCGCACACCAUGCAAGCGGGUACGCUGGCCUCGCUGGCGCUGAUGGCCGGUCUGCGGCGCAAGAAGCGCACGGUGGCGGCCGGCGGCCGGCCGCUGCUGCUCUACCACCUGGCCAGCCUGUCGGUGGUGAGCGCGUGCGUGGGCGCGGCCGCGCUAAUCGCGCAGACAGACCCGUGCUCGCCGCCGUCGGACCGCCGGUACGCCGUGUUCUCACUGGUGCUGCACGCCAGCCUGGCCUUGGUGGCCGGGGCGUCCGCAGCGUUCGGCUGCGUCGGUCACCGGAAGGGGCCCAACCCGCUGCUGGUCAACUCGUCGUCCGACCUGUCGUCGUGCAUGUCCGAGAUAUCCACGGUGUCCAGCUGCAGCCGGGGUGGCAUACGUCAUAGCGUCAGUGACUGCAGCGACCGCACCGCCGUCACGUGUACCACGUCGGCCACGGCUGGCGGUUACCGGGCGGCCGGCGCAGCCGAGUGCGCCGGGCUGGUGCACGACUUGCUCCGGUUGCCGUCGGCGGGCGGUGCGCCGCCGGUCACGUUUCUCAGUGGUGCACCCAGGGCCGAGGACGACACGCUGCGUAGGCUGGACGAGACCAAGCGGCUCAUCGAUUCCGGCACGCUGAUGGCCGCCAGCGACCGCGACAGCUACGCCGCGUCCACUAUCAGGCCUUACCGUUACGGUUGUGGUGGCGGCGGCCACGGCUCCAGGUACCUGCCGUCCACCGCGGCCUCCGUGUCCGUAUCGUCAACCAACAGCCGGGCUCCGUGCCUAGCCAAACGCGUGUCGCUCGUCCAGGACGUCCGCAUCGGCUACGUGGUGGCCAUACUGUUUAUGUGCUACUUCGUCGACCACCUGCCCGUUCUGGUGCUGAUGGCUUCGGAACAUUUCAUCCCGUCAAAGUUCGUGUUUUCUGCCGAUUACGCGCCGGUUGUCAAAAAUUUCCCUAUGCUUGCAGCUUUGGCCGAAGCGUGUCUUUGGCCGGUGAUAUUACUGUUGUUCGAUGACCAGUUUGUGCCAAGAUUGUCAAACUUGUACCGCAGGCGAAGCGCUUCCGAAAGAGCAAAACCACCUCAAGGUCUACACGGCAAGUUCCGGCCGUACAACGGUUCGUUGCAAGACGCCCGAAGGCCUACCCAGUCUUCCAACAGUGGCGGCACCAGUAAUGGCGAAACGGUCCGAUUUCCCAUCACCAACGGAUCUUUGUUCGCCAGCUUGGACGGCAGAGUUCCGGUUUUGCACAAUUACAGACGAGGCGUGCGGACGAUGAGCGGCCUGUUGGUGCCACCACUACCUCCACACUUCGUACAUUCAACCUCUGACCCCGCGGCAGGACAUUGCUGCGACGACGAACACCAUCACCACCACCUUCACCAGCAACAGCAGCAGCACCACCGAUCGCUGCGGUUCGCCAACAUGGUGACCGCAUCGGCGACCAUGUCAACGAUCGCCGCGGACGAUUGCAAAACGAUGACGGACGAUUCGUGCACGCCAGUAGACAGCCUGGACGACGCGAUCAUCAUGGCGACCAGCGGCAGCGGUGGCCGGCCUUCCGAUAGCCGUUUGCCGCAGAAUUUGCAACAGCUCCGCGAAAAGUUGUACGCGCAGGACGACGAUGACGACGACGACGAUAUGGGCGGUGGGGUGGAUGGCGACGAGGACAGGCGUACCGCCGGCUGUUGCGGCGCGGACGUCGGACGCCGUGUGGACGGACUCGACGGUGCCGCGGUUGCGGUGGCCGACGACGGCGAUUCGUCGGACGACGGCUGCGAGCGCCGCGACGAUUGCGUGGACGAGGACGACGAGGGCGAAUACGCCACGCUGUCGGCCCGGAGCGUGUGCUCGGCCACCACGGCGGCCAACGACGACUUCGAGUAUUUCGCGGCCGCCGCGGACAGGCCGACCGGCGGCGGCGUUACGGUAGUCACCGCAGACAGCGGACCGUCCCUCGUACAGCCGACGGUCGCGGCGGGGGUGCAGGCGGCCAAUGCCGGUGGCCGAGUGCCGUAUCAGCGGGCGCCCACGCGACGUGCCAGACACCAUCAGCAGUCGCAGCAGCACCAGCAGCACCAGCAGCAGCACCAUCGUCAUCAUCAUCACCAUCAUCACCACCAGACGCCAUACCAACAGAACCAAUACCAGCACCACAGACAAAUGCGUUCGGGUUCGACGCCGCAACCAGCGCUGCCCCCAACUCCGCCGACUCCUCGAAGGGCCAAGUCGCGACUCACGCCCGUGCUGUCGGUCGAUUCGCUGGUUGCGGCCCAAGCGGCCGCGGACGCUACUGCGGCCGCGGGUCGUUACCCCCGCGACUUCGUCCAACCGCAGCACCAGAACCAUCAUCACGGCGGCAGACACCGUGGCGGCUUCGGCGGCAUCGCGGGCAGACGACUCGGCGGCGGCGGUGGCCGCGGUCGCCACGGUGGCAGCGUGCCCGACCUGAAACGGGUGUUCGUCACUGAUUUCCUGUAAACGUCUCCCCGUCGGACCAGCCUGUCCCAGUCCCGGACACGCGCGCCAAGUCGCCGCACGUUUUCUCACAUUUUCCCGUCGUUCAUCCCCCCCCCAUUUGACCGGAAAAUUGUAUUUUUGAUUUUUGUCCAUUGGUUUUUUUUUUUUUGUCGUGUCGACAAGACGAUGUAAAAACAAUAGUUUUAGUUCGCGUUGCACGCCACCGUGUACCUGUUACAACGGUAUUUAUGUUAUAUUUAUACACAUAUGUUAUGUGUUUGUUAGUUAUUACGAUACAUCGUAAGUUAGUAAUUUAUUUGGACCGAGAUCCGUAGUCGUGUACGAAAAUAUUAUUAUUAUUAUUAUUAUUUUUUUUUUUUUGCUAUUCGUUCCGUUUUUUCCAUAUAUAUUUUUUUUGCUUUUCGCGUGCGCUAAAUCGAUUUCGCCGCAGCGCGGAACGUUCUUUUUUUUUUCGACAGGAAAUCGAUCGACCGAACAAACUCAACACCAUUCGAACGUGUGAUAACGUCUUACAUGUGGUCCGGUACUGUAUAAUAUGUCGUCGAGAUACCGAUAUCGGCUGUACUCCGCCAUUCGUAUCCGACCGGCUUCUGUUUUUUUUCCCCCAACUCGCCUGCAUUAUUUUAUUUUUAAGCUAUUUAAGACGUUAUUUUGUUUAUUUUUUAACACGCGGUGCCAAUUUUAUCAGUAAGAUUUAAAUAUUAUCCAUAGGCUUAUCGUUUACGCGCGUA